CGCGGGCCCGGAGCCGCGCACUUCUCCGAGCCACAGCACAGCCGGACGCGCAGAGCUGAGCCGGGAUGACGGAGCGCCGCGUGCCCUUCUCGCUCCUGCGGAGCCCCAGCUGGGACCCUUUUCGCGACUGGUACCCGGCCCAGAGCCGCCUCUUCGACCAGGCCUUCGGGCUGCCCCGGAUGCCUGAAGAGUGGGCAGAGUGGUUCCGGCACGGCGGCUGGCCUGGCUACGUGCGUUCGCUGCCCGGGGUGGCGAUCGAGGGCCCCGCCGCGGUGGCCGUGCCCGGGCCCGCCUACAGCCGCGCGCUCAGCCGGCAGCUGAGCAGCGGCGUCUCGGAGAUCCGGCAGACGGCCGACCGCUGGCGCGUGUCCCUGGACGUCAACCACUUCGCCCCCGAGGAGCUGACCGUCAAGACCAAGGACGGCGUGGUGGAGAUCACUGGCAAGCACGAAGAGAGGCAGGACGAGCACGGCUACAUCUCUCGGUGCUUCACCCGAAAAUACUCGCUGCCCCCAGGUGUGGACCCCACCCUGGUCUCCUCCUCCCUGUCCCCCGAGGGCACUCUGACCAUCGAGGCCCCGAUGCCCAAGUCAGCCACCCAGUCGGCGGAGAUCACCAUCCCUGUCACCUUCGAGGCGCGUGCUCAGCUGGGGGGCCCAGAAGCUGGGAAGUCGGAACAGCCUGGAGCCAAGUAAAGGCCUUAGCCCUGCUGCCCACCCUCAGUAGCGACCACUGACCAUCCCCACCUGCCAGCCUGUAUACUCUUUUGAUACGUUUACCUUCUGUUUUUCUCAAAUAAAGCUUGAAGCACCUGCCUG